UGCUGAAAAUCUGGAAAGAGUUGAUCUUCCCGUUUCCGAGGCUGACUUCGACAACGCAUUUCCCAACAUGCUUGCCAAAAGAUUCUUAAAUAAGGAAGAACUAAAGAUGGAUGUUGGAGAAAUUGCAUGUUGGGCGUCAGCUUAUCGUCGAAAUGAAGGUCGUUCCGUUGUUUUCAGAGCUCGCAUUGGACAAAAGUGCGAUUUUCGAGGAACUUUGAAAAGGAGUAUCAACAAGUUUGAGGCUCUUAUAGGUCUCAGAAGUG